GGGCGCCCCCUGGCCCGGCUCCGGCGCCCGAGGUUUCCGGUGAGCAGCAGUCGCCGGUUAUGACGACUCCCUCCUUCGGAGCAGCUGCCGCCGUCGCCGCCUCCUUCUCUGCAGCCCCGGCUUCUCCGGCUUCAGGCCUGUGAAAUCCAGUCAAGGGAUACAGAAGUGGAGGAAGCCAGCUGCUUUGUGUUGAAAGAAAAAGUAGCUAAGCCUCUAACGCUUCCGUCUGCUGAACUGCGGCUGCCCUUCCCUGGAGGGCUCUCCUUGCGAGUGGAUUCAACACCAGGAAGGCUGUUGGCCAAGCCCUGGGGUUGUGCUUUCAUGCAGCAGCAGCCUCCUCCUUCUAGUUUGUGCAAGUGGGAUUUAGAUAACUGAAACAUCACAGCAGCUUCUGGGUGGUUCUGCGGGUUGAAGAGGUUUGGAGGUUGCUAUGUUAAUGUUGCUUGUCUUUGGAGCAUUGCUUCAUGAGGUACCCCUGAGUGGCCAAGACAAGGCUCCUCCCCAGGCUGAUGGCAUUCUGGGUGCCCCUCUGUUCAACUAUGCCAGCCUCCGCCUGCCGGAAGAGCAUAUUCCCUUCUUUUUGCACAAUAACAGGCACAUUGCCACAGUCUGUAAGAAGGACUCACGUUGUCCUUAUAAGAAAUACUUAGAAAAUUUAAAGUACUGCUGGGGUUAUGAGAAAUCCUGCAAACCACAGUUCAGGUUUGGUUACCCUGUUUGCACCUACGUCGACAUGGGAUGGACGGAUACUCUUGAAUCCGCUGAGGACAUAUUCUGGAAGCAGGCUGACUUUGGAUAUGCUGGAGAGCGGUUGGAGGAACUCCAUGUGCUCUGCCAGGCGGAGGAGAUGAAUGACUCAAGUUUGGUGUGUUCCCGUUACCUUCAGUACUGCAGAGCGACCAAUAUCUACCUUGAUUUGAGAAACAUCAAGAGAAACCAUGACAGAUUUAAGGAAGAUUUUUUCCAGAGUGGGGAAAUUGGAGGGCACUGUAAACUUGACAUUCGUACAUUGAUGUCUGAAGGUCAGCGCAAAAGCCCUUUGCAGUCUGAUACUCGAUCAUUCUUGGAAUGCCAUCUGUCUCAGAAUCCAAGAAAGCUCUCUGGGUUUGCUGAGCUACAAAGCUAUACUCAGCUCAACUUCAGACCUAUAGAAGAUGCUGCGUGUGACAUUGUUAUUGAAAAACCAACCUACUUCAUGAAAUUAGAUGCAGGUGUUAACAUGUAUCACCACUUCUGCGAUUUUGUCAAUCUUUAUAUUACUCAGCACGUUAAUAAUUCCUUCAGCACAGAUGUGUAUGUCGUCAUGUGGGACACCAGCUCCUAUGGAUAUGGUGACCUGUUCUCCGACACAUGGAAAGCAUUUACUGAUUAUGAUGUUAUCCAUUUGAAAACUUAUGAUUCCAAAAGGGUAUGUUUUAAAGAAGCUAUUUUUUCCUUACUUCCUCGGAUGAGAUAUGGGCUGUUCUAUAACACCCCUCUGAUAUCUGGCUGUCAAAAUACCGGAUUAUUCAGGGCAUUUUCCCAGCAUGUAUUACACAGACUGAAUAUCACACAACAGGGUCCCAAGGAUGGAAAAAUUCGAGUCACCAUUCUUGCACGGAGCACAGAAUACCGGAAAAUACUAAACCAAAAUGAGCUUGUUAAUGCACUGAAGACGGUAUCUACCUUUGAGGUCCGGAUUGUCGAUUAUAAAUAUAAAGAACUUGCGUUUUUAGAUCAGCUAAGGAUCACACAUAACACGGACAUAUUUAUUGGAAUGCACGGAGCUGGCCUUACCCACUUACUUUUCCUUCCAGAUUGGGCUGCUGUAUUUGAACUGUACAACUGUGGGGACGAACGCUGUUACUUGGACCUGGCCAGGCUGAGAGGUGUCCACUACAUCACUUGGCGAAGGCAGAACAAAGUCUUUCCUCAAGAUAAGGGUCACCACCCAACUCUGGGGGAACAUCCAAAAUUUACCAACUACUCUUUUGAUGUAGAAGAAUUUAUGUUCCUUGUCCUUCAGGCUGCAGACCAUGUAUUGCAACACCCAAAGUGGCCUUUUAAGAACAAACAUGAUGAGCUCUAAAUGUGUUGAGUCUUUUUGCCAAAAGGGAGUAUUUAAAUGGUCCCCGACCCCACUCACCUUCCAGUUAAAUCAGUAAACCAGGCUUUUAUUUCCUAGCCCCAAAUUACCUUUUUUUAAAUACCAAAACAUGCCUUCAGGGUAUUACUUAUGUGUUUUAUAGUCUUUAACUGUUUCAUGUGAUUUUUGUGUCAUUACUAUUUAUCAAAAUACUAUUUUUGCACUGAAAACUGUAAUUUGUAUAUAGUUCAGAAAUUGAGCGUGAGCUCAAGAUGUAAUGGAGCCUUCUUAGGGGAUACCAAAGUUGGCAACUUUCUUCGCUUUACAAUUUGUAAAUGUUUUUAAUCAAAUAAUCAUGGGAUCAUCAUUCUAGAGGCUUCCAACUUAUUAAUGAUGUAUUUGAUGAUGUAUUUGAGUCAAUUCACAACUUGUUUAUUUGCCAAGGUUUGUUCAUAGCACUGUGUAUAGUAGAAAAGGAAAACAUGCACACACACACACCACACACACACGGUUGUGGUUCUCAGUACCAAGCUAUAGGACCUUGUUAUAGAUCAAACAGUAUUAUAAACAGAUCUCUUUUACUCGAUGAGUCCAAACUAACCUCCAUUGAAAUCUCUGCAAUAAUCUUUUUAGUCAACGCCAGGUUAUAUGCAUCAAGAACCUGAAUAAACCAUGCUCUUGCAUUAAUUCUUGUUCACACAUUUCAUAUGCACAUCAUGUUUUCCCCAAAUGUAACAACCACAUAUGAUAAAAACAAAUGAGAAUGUUCUUUAGGACCGUUUGAUGUACCUUUUAGCUGGUUCCUUCUUAGCUGUGAAGAGCAUUUAUUAUCUCAAAUAGUGGCUCCAUUGCGCACAUAUUUGUAACUGUAUUUGCCUGUGUGUAUGCGUCUACCUCUUUUAGCGUGGAAGUAUUUUAAUCUUUGAUUUUGCAAACAUCAAAUUAGCUGCCAGAAGAUUAUUUUUCCCUAUAAAAGACAAAAAAAAAAAAAAAAGGGUAAGGACACACGUAAAUAAUCUAAUUCAACACAAAAAAGAGCCAUAAAAAGUGCCAGUGAUUAAAAUGGCUAUCUGAAAUGCAGCCUCACUCUUUGAAUGGAAAUCAUUUCUUACUGUUUAUGAAAUUUCAAUUUAGUGGUUGGCAACCAUGGAUUUAUUUUACUGCAAAAUAUGAAGUUUACAUUUUAUUAACACUUGAGUAGUCUAAUUUAGAGACUAAUGACUCCUAUUUUUUUAAGUAGAGGACUAACAGUGUACAGCAGAGCUAAUUUUUUUAAUGUAUUUUAAAGUUGUAAAAAAAUGAAAAAGGGAGAAUAUGCAACAGAGAAGUGACCCAAAAAACCUAAAAUAUUUAUUAUCUGGAUCUUUACAGAACGUGUUUGCUGACUCUUGCAUUAAAGGAUUAUGAAAAGUCUUCUAGAGUUUAGGAAUCUUUAUUAAAAUACCUGUAAAGGAAAUAGUUACUGUAGUGAUAGCUUUGAUUUGUGAUCUUAAUAUUGUUUAAAAAGACUUAUAACAGAUUUUUUUUUUUUUGUCUUUUUAGGGCCACACCUGCAGCACAUAGGGGUUCUCAGGCUAGAGGUCCAAUCGGAGCCGUGGCUGCUGGCCUACACCAUAGCCACAGCAACACCAGAUCUGAGCUGCCUUUGCAGACUACACCACAGCUCACAGCAAUGGUGGAUCCUUAACUCACUGAGCAAGGCAAGGAUCGAACCUGCAUUCUCAUGGAUGCUAGUAAUAUUCAUUUCCACUGAGCCACAACGUAAACUCCAACAGAUGAAUUUUGAAGUGAGUGGUAUUGCUGCUUCUCUUGGUCCAGAAUACUGAGUAAACACUAAGAAGACAAUUCACUGGAAAGGAAUUGUCCAGGCUGUGUUGUACUUUUAGUCAGAGAGGCAUAAACAUCUGAAAGUGGCCUAAAAAACCAGUCUCAACAUUAUCUCCUUAUCUCAUUUUAAGAAGCAGGUGGCAGUGUGAUUCUGUCCAUGAGUGAGAGUUUCCCACAUUGAGGAUAAUUUCAUAAUAAAGUACUACAUUUGCAUUUGCCUAUUUUGCAUUUAAAGAAAAUACGUUUUAUAGAAACAGUAAAUACGUUAGCCACUUUAUUGGAAUUGUUAGAAAAUGUAAAAUGUAAUGAUUGUGCUUUUUAUUAAGUCUUUGAAACAGAUGCAUUUCACCAUUUAUACCUGUUGGAUAUGGCUUUGGAAUAAAUCUUUUUAUAUUUUAUUUGAA